UAUCUCUCUAUUCUUCCUCGGUAGUCGGUAGUAAAUAAAUAUGAGAAUGAGAGAUCGAAACGAACCCAACCAUAUCUGGCUAUAAAAGCAAAAAACGAGAAAAAAGAAAAAGAAACAACCAUAACGGCCAUGGCAACGAACUCAAGCCCGAACCCGAGCCAAAAGAAGCAGUCGGUCUACCUUCAGAACAUGGACGAGGUGGAGAAGGUAUUCAAGCGCUUCGACGCCAACGGCGACGGGAGGAUCUCCGUGUCGGAGCUCGGAGCCGUCCUUGAAUCGCUCGGAUCCACAUUCUCCAACGAAGACGAGCUCCGAAACAUCAUGAACGAGCUAGACUCCGACCACGACGGCUUCAUCUCGCUCCCGGAGUUCGCGGCCUUCUGCCGCUCCGGCGCCGAGGACGGCGGUGCGUCGGAGCUCCGCGAAGCCUUCGGGCUCUACGAUCAGGACAACAACGGCCUGAUCUCGGCCUCCGAGCUCCACCUCGUGCUCAGCCGACUCGGUAUGACUUGCUCCAUCGAAGACUGUCACCGCAUGAUCCGCUCAGUCGACUCCGACGGAGACGGAAAUGUCAAUUUCGAGGAAUUCGAGCAGAUGAUGACCAACACCAACAAAAACGGCAACAGCAAUGGCUCUGCGCCCGUGCCCGCACCGUAGAUUUCGGGAUCUACAGUCAUGGAACGUUUCGCAUUUAUACAGGUGUUAUCGUUUCAUUUUCUUCCUCGUCGUCGUCUAAUUCGAAUCUGAGAUGAAUCUCUGAUCGUUAGCACUAUAGAUUAUGGUUUGGAUUUUUUUUUUUUAAAUAACUCUUGGACUUCUGCUAAAUCUGAAAAUUUUAGCUACAUGGAAAUGGAAAAUCUCACUUGCCUUUUGUUCCA